CUUUUUUUUAUCUUUGAAACAGAACAAUUACAAGAGGUGGAGACAGCAACAUGUGAAUUGUUAUGCACCCUUUGAGUGUUCAAAUACGGAAAUGUGUGCACGUUAAUCAAACCUUUAAAAGAACGGCGAAAACAAAGGGAAUUUCGACUAUUUCCUAGUUUUAUCAGAGAGCCAGUAAUACAAGUUGUGACAUGCUAAUGAGAGGAAUUUGAUGGAGAAAGAAAUAUUCUGUUAUCUUUAAAUUCCUGAAAAGAUUCUAAAGGAAUUUGUUCUGUUUUUACUUUACUAAAAGAUUUUCCUUCAAGACUAUAAGAAGAAUAAAACUAAAACUAUACUCUAAACAAAGUUAGUACCAAAACUCAUUACUCAAACUCAAGUUCAUACACAACUUUCUGUGAUGAUGGCUGGCUGCAGACAGAUCGACGUUCACCUUGAAGAUCGAACACCACAUAAAUGGAUCGUUCCCCUUACAGAAGAGGUUUUCCAAGCCUUCUUAUCGAAAGGAAACCAAGCAAUCCGUAAAGUAUUUGGUGAUGGUUCAUUCUUUAGUCCAAUGUUGUUUGGCAAAUUUUUCGAUCCUUCUGACGCUUUUCCUCUGUGGGAGUUUGAGGCUGAUGUCUUGCUGUCCAUUCUAAGAGCCUCUGGAAAUAAUCAGGUUGAUUGGACUCAGAAUGAUAAAGAGUAUGUACUGAAAGCAGAAUUGCCUGGAGUAGGAGAAGAUUCUUUACAGGUGUGUGUGGAGAAGGGAAAAAUACUCGAAGUUAGUGGACAAUGGAAGCAAUCAACUGAUCCUAAGGCAAGGGACUGGAAAAGUAGUCAUUGGUGGGAACAUGGGUUUGUUCGAAGGAUCGAGUUGCCAGAGAACGCAGAUUGGAAGAAGACCGAGGUAACUGUUAAAAAUGACAUAAUAUUAGAGAUAAAAAUACCUAUGAAAUCAUCAACUAUUCCUACUCGUCGAGGUGAUGAUUCAGACUGAGAAUUGUUCAGUACUUCUGUAAGUUGAUGAAACACACAUCACAUCAUGAGCAAUUAAGCAUAAUAAGACAUUUUUUUUAUGGAGCCAAUAAAAUGUUACUUAAAAUUAUGUGUAUCCAUGAUGCAAUACUCAUAGUAACAGAGCCGGGGAACAGGAAACAUUGAUAGGAACUCACAGAAUGACAGGAUGCAGAGAGCUGACAUUCAUGAAACAUUAAAAAGGACUAAUUGGAAACUGAAUGUUAUGGGUUAUUUCUUUGUUUUUUGUUUUUUCAGGGUAAUGCAGAGAAGUUUAAAGGAAGAGUGUAGAUUACAAAGGGGAAAGUUUGGUUCUGACUUAAUCAACUUGCUUCUCAACACAUCGGUGUUAGAAGUAACUAACUACAGGGAACAGAAAUUUCUGAAGACGAUUCCUUUUUAUUAAGAUUUAUAUCAAACUGAUUAAAACUAGAUUCAAAUUGCUCUUGAACAACAUUGCACUGCGAGUCUGCGAAUGUACUGGUUCUCAACAAAUCCAGUUAUCCUGCAGUACCCAACUGCUGAAAGUUAUAACAAUUUCUUCAGAAGCUCCCAAAAGAGCACCAGUACUUGGUUAGAUGGUGGCCUAGAUCAUUGCAAUGUAAUAACAGUGUAAACCCAAAGUUUGAUCCUUGUUUCGAGGUUUAUACUAGCAGCAGAACUGCUGUUAGAAGUUUCUGUAAACAUCAGGAAAAACAAACUUAUGUAAAGCAUACAGAGUUCUGAAUUUCAGCAGACAUGUGGCUGCUAUCAGUCUGAUCACAUCAGUAGCAAACAAUCGUUUGGUUCUGAUUUUUCUUUCGAACAAGGAAGAAAGAUGAAAGGGAACAAGUCAUAGAUAUUCCAUUAAUAUGAAUACUCAUCUAAGCCAGGAGAUGUAAGCAAUAAGCUCAAGGUAUGCCAAAUUCUGGAAUGUAGGCGGCCGGAAAAAAGAAACACAUACAUGACUUGUUCAAACAGAUGAAAAUUCUUUGUUUCUAGGCCUUUCAGAAAUCUCUAAAUUAUAAGUGGUGGUCUUACUUUUUUGCUGUUGAA